AUGGCGGAACAAGAGCUGCGUCGGAUCUUGGGGGAAACCCCAAACGACCCGAUCGCCCACGCCACGUUGGCCCUUUGUUUGGCUGAAAUGGGGAAAUACGAGGAGGCCAGCCAGGAGGCGGGCACCGCGAUCGAACUCGCGCCUGAGCAUCCGUAUGGCUUUUACGCGCAGGCGGUGGUCUUUCAAAAGCGGAAUCGAUUCGACGAGGCUGAAGUGGCGAUUCGCCACGCCAUCGAUCUGAAUCCGGAAGAUCCCGAUUUCUAUGCUCACUUGGGGCAAAUUCGCCUCAACCAAAGCAAGUGGGAAGCCGCUCUGGAGGCCGCCGACGAAGGGCUGAAGAUCGAUCCCGAGCAUGUCGACAGCACGAACAUCAAAGCCCGCGCGUUGGUGAAGACGAACCGCAAGGCGGAUGCUCAGGCGGCGAUCGAAGGAGCGUUGGCACGCGACCCGGAGAACUCGUGGAGCCACGCCAACCUGGGCUGGACGUUGCUGGACGAGGGGAAGUACCAGAAGGCGAUGGAGCACUUUCGCGAGGCACUUCGUCUGGAGCCCAACAACGAAUGGGCCCGGAUGGGCAUUGUCGAAGCGCUGAAGGCCAAACGGAUUCUGUACCGGCCCAUGCUGUGGUACUUCUUGUGGAUCUCGAAGUUCAGCGGACGCGGACAAUGGAUGAUCAUCCUGGGGGCAUUCUUAGGAGUGCGAAUCCUCAGAUCCUUAGCCGACCAAAACCCUUCGCUGGCACCAUGGGUGACGCCGAUUGUGGUGGUUUACGCCGUGUUCGCACUUUCAACGUGGAUUGCGAGCCCGCUAUUCAACCUGAUGUUGUUUCUCGACCCGUUCGGCCGCAUGGCACUCUCGCGAGAAGAGAAGAUCACGGCCAGCAUCGUGGGCUUGUGUGUGCUGGGGUCGCUACUCUGCCUGGGAAGUGUGGCGCUCGGCGUUGGGUCUUCCGGCCUUCUGGCGGCCGCGGCGUUUGCAUUGCUGAUCCCGCCGGUGUCGCGGAUCUACCAUUGCGAAGAGGGUGCCCCGCGGAUCACGAUGGUCGUUAUAUCCAGCGGGUUGGCGGCGCUGGGUCUGAUCGGCAUGGCCGGUCUGUUCCUGGGUGACCCGGAAGGUAGCGACGGCCAGAAGGUUCUCGCCACCCUGGGUGGUCUCGCUUUGCUGGGCUUCCUGGUGGGGGCUAUCGCUUCGCAGUUUCUGGCGAAUGUGCUGGCGGGAUGGCGGAGUAAGAAGGAAUUUCCGAUGAAGCGUUUCCUUAUCCUGGGCACAGUGGUGUUGGUGGUGUGUGUGGCCGCAGUGGGCUAUUACGCCUGGGCAGAGAAAGCGAACCAAGACGAACUGCAAGCUCUCCGCAAUCGCGAGGUCGCGCCUCCGCCGGCGGCCGUAGAGCCCGUGGAGACGGAAACGGCAGCGGUUGAAACUGAGGAGCCCGAGGUCGAACUCACGGCCGACGAGGUUUUAGGGCUGGCCGAGAAGCGUUGGGACACCAUCGACAACUACCACUGCACGACGGUGGUUUAUCUGGCGAGGGGUGAAGACUCUGAGAACAAGGUGCUCGAUGUGGAGUUCAUGAAGCCGAACCUGUAUCGCAACACCGUGAUCGAAGGCGAUAACGAAGGGGCGGUCGUCACGCUGAAUUCCGAGGGCGUGAUUCACGGGAAGCAAGGCGGGCUGUUCUCAAUGGUCGUGCUUACAUUGGAACCCGACGACGAACGCCUUGCCGGUCUGCGAGGCCGACGGUUCUUCGAAACGGCCUGGGGUGUCGAAUACCAGGAAGUUCGUGACGCCGUGGCCGGCGGAUGGGAACUGACACGUCUAGAAGACCAGGAGUUGGACGGCGACAUGUGUUAUGUCGUGACAGCCAGUGGCGAAACGGAAGGCGACGACUUGACCGAACGCCAGAUCUGGAUCGAUCAAGAGACCCAUCUGCCUCGUCGUUUGUAUGAGUUCGCCGGCGAAGAUGUGGUCCGCGACGCCAAGUUCAUUAACGUCGAACUGAAUGCCGAACCCGCCGAAGGCACAUUCAGUUUGAAAUGA